AUGAUAUUAAUCAGACAAAGGUUUAAGGAGGCAUCAGAUAGACAGAAGAGCUAUGCAGAUAGGAACGGGACUUUCAGACAAUUUUUAGUAGGAGACAAAGUGUUUUUGAGGGUCAAACCUCAUAAAAGUUCCAUAUCAUUUAGAAAAUCAUCAAAGCUUGCUCUGAUAUUUGUGGGUCUGUUUGAUGUGUUGGAAGUGAUCAACCCAGUAGCAUACAAACUUGCCUUACCUCCUUCUCCUUCCCAUAUCCAUGAUGUGUUCCAUGUGUCUUUUCUUAAGUCGUAUCAUCCUGAUGCUUCUCAUAUACUUGAUUGGCAUGCCUUACAGGUUCAAGAUCUGGGAGUGGUGCUGGUGGAGCCCAUCCAAAUUCUAGAUCAAUGCAACGUUAAGUUGCAUAAUAGAGAUAUUGCUCAGUACAGGGUCCAAUGGGACCAAUAUUCUGUGGAUAGUGCCACAUGGGAAAAUGCUAAGGAGAUAGAUCGUGCUUUUCCUCAUUUGAGGACUUAA